AUGGGUUUUAACUUUGUUAAAGGAGUAAUUUUCUUCUUUCUAACUGGACUUGGCAUGACGGGAAACAUCUUUGUUUUUAUGAAUUGUACAUGCUUUAUUGGAGGCACUAAGAUGAAAAGUACGCCCUUGAUUCUCACCCAUUUGGUUUUUACAAAUAUUAUCCUGCUUCUUUCCAAGGGAAUUCCAAGAACAAUAGCAGCUUUUGGUUUCAGAAACUUCCUCAGUGACAUUGGCUGUAAGGUUGUUGUUUAUAUGGAGAGAGUGGCCCGGGGCCUCUCCAUCUGCACCAGCAGUCUCCUCACUGUGGUCCAGGCCAUCACCAUGAGUCCCAGACACUCAGCAUGGCGGAGGGCCCAGCCCAGGUCUGCAUGGCACGUCCUCCCCUUGCUCCUCUCCUUGUGGGGCCUCAAUGCUAUGGUAAGCAUGAACUUACUCUAUAUCGUCUCGAGUACUAAUAUGAACUCAUCACAAAUUAGUAAAAGUGACGUCUAUUGUGGUUUUCUACCAAAAAGUCAGAAAGUGAACUGGAUUUUCCUCACUCUGCUGGCCCUGAGAGACACUGUGUUCCAAGGUCUAAUGGGUGGGGCCAGUGUCUACCUGGUGACUCUUCUCCACAAGCACCACCAGCGGGUUCUCCACCUGCAGAAGUCCAAAGUGGUCUGCAAAACUCCCCGUGAGAUCAAAGCUGCCCAAAAUGUGCUCCUUCUGAUGCUUUGUUUUCUUUUCUUUUAUUGGACAGAUUGUUUCACAUCUUUAUAUUUAGCUUUCUCCUUCAAGAGUGACUCCAUAACAAUAAAUCUUCAAGAAUUUCUGACUUUCGGUUAUGCAAUCCUCAGUCCUUUUGUGCUGAUUCACAGGGAUGGAUUCCAGGCUAAGUGCUGGCAUGCUCUGCAGGGUGGGAAGAUAUUGAGAAAUUGUCUAUUGCAUUCUCCUUUCUAUAGGUGGAAAUGA